CAGUGCGUGUAUAAAAUUGUGAUAGAGGGCGCUUCGCUUAGAAAAGUACUUGAUUUCAUCAGAGAAUGCCCAGCAAACACAUCUAUUAGACUGAGCUAGCUUACAACUUUUGAAGUUGAAAAACUUCUCUUGUGCUACAAGAAACAUACAUUUUCCCGUCUGCAACAUAAAAUGAGUUUGCUCAAGCAGUAUCAGGAAGCAGCAUCGUGGUUAGCAUCAGCUGCAGAGGAAUGUCAGAAAACUAGCAAUGUAGAUCUGCAGCAUUUAAUAACAAGUUGUGGCAAUUGUCAGCUGCUCCUAUCUAAGGCAGUGGAGAUGGAUGUCAAUUUAGUUAGGAAGGCAGCACUUCGUCAGCUUAAUAUCACACUGAGGGAUCAUCUUGAAAUACUCCAAGCAAAGAAGGCUCAGUUGGAGUCAGGGGCCACACCCAGCAACAAGAGAAAACAACAGGAAGAGACAGGAACAGGUGUUAGUAACAACGCCGAUGCUCAUUCCAAGAUGCGUACAUUAGCCAUAGAGGACACUAUCGUCCGUAAGGGGUCAGUGACCUUUAAUGAAGUAGCUGGUUUAUCAAAGGCCAAGCAGAUAUUACGAGAAGCUAUCGUCAUGCCUCUUCAGUAUCCACAUUUAUUUACUGGUGCAAGGAAACCAUGGAAACGCAUCCUACUUUAUGGACCUCCUGGUACGGGCAAAUCAAGACUUGCUCAAGCCGUAUCUGCCGAGAUUGACUCUACAUUCUACUGUGUCUCAAGCUCAGAUUUAGUUUCUAGCUGGGUCGGAGAGAGUGAAAAAUUGAUUAAAGAGUUGUUUGUACACGCCAAUCAACAGCAAGGGAGAUCUGUCAUUUUCAUAGAUGAGAUCGAUAGUAUCUGCCGCAUCCGUAGCUGUCGAGAGGAGGAGCACACGAGACGAAUCAAGACCGAGCUCCUAAAGCAGAUGGAGAGCGCUGAUAAUGGUCAGGAGGCAGAGCAACUCUUCCUCUUGUGUGCCACUAACCGACCAUGGGAACUAGACACGGCUUUCUUGAGGCGUUUUCAGAAGCGAGUCUAUGUACCUCUCCCUGACAGAGAAGCUAGGAUUACAAUCCUGAAGAUCCACUCGUCUUGUAACCUGACUCUGAGUGACGCUGACAUGCAGAUAUUUGCUGAUAGGACCGAGGGUUAUUCAGGCAGUGACCUGUCUAAUGUUAUCUUGACUGGUUUAUUUGAACCUAUUCGGGAUAUUCAAACUGCAACUCAUUGGAUGAAAGGAAUCGAUGGGAAGUUCACACCGUGUGAUGAGAACACCCCUGGUUGUAUUACAUCUAAGAUGACUGAACUCCCUCCUGAAGACGUCAGGCCAAGAGACAUGACCCUCCAAGACUUCAUGAAGGCCUUAGAGUCUUGUCAUCGGACAGUAACCAGCGAGGAACUCAAACAGUUUCAGGACUUUACCAACAAUUUUGGUCAAAAUGGUUAAAGUUUUUAAGUUUGAAAGUGAGUAGAUCUGGGCCCAAUAUCAUAGAGUUGUGCAAAGAAAAAAUGCUUUUAAGCGUUUUGAAACUGCUUUUUUGCUUAGCAGAAAUGAGCAGGAUACCGGUCACAAAUUGUAUACAUGACAUGGUAAUUUGGCUGAUAACCUUGGUAAGCAUAAUUUGAUUGUGCUUCUACUUAUUGUGCUUAAGCAGCUCUAUGAAAAUGGACCCUAGGCCCAUUUUCAUGCACUGGUUACUAAGCAUUUAGAGUCCACGAAACAGGGACUUUCAUCUGAAUACGGACUUUUUAAAGUAAGCCAGUGGUGAUAGUAUCAGCAACUUUUUUGUCCUUACACGAAGAAAUCUUGCCCAUUGAUUUAAUGUACCUCGUGAGGACACUGUUCCUAAAGCUCUAUGAAAUCUAAGACCACAGGGUUUUACCAAAAGGUAAAAAUUCCAUCAUUUCAACAUCUCUCCUAAAACUUGGAUCCCAGUUUUAGACUUAUCUAUCACUGAGGAGACUCUUAAAAAUCUCUUGUGUGCUUAAAAACUCAUUGGGUUAUCAAAAGGUAGAAGAUAGCUUCAAGAAAAUUCCUAAGAUCUGGGGCCAUUUUCAUAAAGCUGUUAAGCAGAAAAUACUACUUAGCAAAAAGCAAAACAAAUUAGUGUGAUUUGUUUUGUCACUUGCAACAAUGUAAAUAUUAUGGAAUUUUGGCUGUUAACCAGGUUCAUCUAGUAAACGAAUGUGAAUAAAUAUGUCCUAGUUGUCUUUCAGAUUGUUGAUAUUUAUAGUUUGAUGAAAUGUUCUUUCAAAAUAAAGUUUGAUGAAAUGUUCUUUCAAAAUAAAGUUAUUUCAUGCUCAUGCCCAAAGCGUAAUCGUUCGAAUAAAUUGUUCUUAUUAUUUUAUUCCAGUAUUUGUAUGUUGUGGUGUGUUGUCAGUUGGCCUUCCAGAGGUGCUAGGGUUGAAACGUCAGGCCAGUAAAGUGACAUUGCCCUUA